AAAAAUAUUAUAUUAAUUUCAUUCGUUUUUAUUGUUUCAGAAUCCUUGCAAUUGUUGUCGCAUCUUGAUCCUCCUGUUGACAGCGUAUACAUGAUAUGUGGUGUAUUGAUCGCUUUGGUGUUAGUCGGUGUUAUCAUCGUUCUACUAGCUGUAACGAUCAGUAAGUUGCGGAAACGAGAAGAUCAUUCGAAUGCGGUACAUCCGGAAGCAGCCGUAGUUCAAACGGCAACAUCGCCGGUUUCGACGAUCAUCGCUCCGUCUUAUCCUGGCGAAGGUUGUUGCACGCAAACGUCAGUGACUACCACAUCGACGGAUCUGGGAAAUAGCACAGCUGUUGAACAGGAUAAUGUCUAUACCACCGCCAAUCCGACAGAUCAAUUCGUCUGGCAGUUUCCGCCUCCUUAUCCACCGCCUCACACACCGACACAGUAUACGUUGUACAACGACCAGGAUACACUUGUACACGCUCUACCGUCGGAUAGGCCUGGAUUUGCAAAGGGCUUCCGUAAAAAUAUCGGAGGACGCUGGCGUCGCUUGGUAAAAAGGAAGCCGGAGUCGGAGACUUGUGCCAUUCCUCCUGAAUUAAAGGAUCAACUGAAAACAAUUUACGUCUAUUGACGAUCAGCGUUAAUGCGCCGUUGUCUAUAUUUUUAUAAUUCUUCCUCGGUUAUCGAUGAUUUCCUCUAUGUAAGAUAGUAAUUAUAUCAAGAAAGAUGUAAAUGAUACGAAUGACAAAGAAUAAAGAAAAAAAUGCGUAAUGGGAUAGUUCAUCGAAAAAAGACAAAG